UACAACCUCUAAUUGUUGGGAAGAAGAACACACCAUCAUUCUCUUCUAUGGCAACCGACGACAACCAAAAUGCUGGCGGCGUUAAUGCCCUCCGGCGGCUUAAAUCAACUGAACCACCUCUUUAUCUUUCAGCAUCACCGGAGCUCUCCGAAGCCGCUCGAUUAGCUUCUAAGUACCUAUACUCUUCUCUCAAACCCUACACUCCGAAGUCGCCCUUCGCACAGCUCUUGACAGAUGGUUUUGAUGCCGAACAAAUAUGGCAGCAAAUUGACCUUCAAUCCGAGCCCUUACUUACCUCCCUCGGUCGUCAAAUCAGACAAUUUGAGAAGAAACCGGAAGAAAUUUCAAAGAGUUUUAAUUUAGGUUCAGGUAACAGUGGAAAAAAGAAUAAUUUAGAGAGGGAGAAAGAGGAACUGGCAUUGGAUGGAGAAAGUGAAGACUUUAAAGAUGUAGAUAUGAAUGAUUCUGAUGAUGAGGAGGAGGACGAGGAGGAGGAGGUAGAUGAAGAAGAGGAGGGUGAUGAUGGUGAGAAGAGUGAAGACGUGGAGGAGAAGGAGGAGAAUGGUGGGGUAGGGGGAGUGGAAGAUAAGUUUUUCAAGAUAGAUGAGUUGGAAGAGUAUAUGGAGUAUGAUGAAGCAAGGGAGUAUGGAUUGAAGGGAAAGACUAAGAAGAUAAGAAGUAACAAGAAAAAGGAGGAGGAAGAGGAAGAAGAUGGUGAAGAAGGCGACGAGGAGGACGAAGAGGAAGAUGACGAGCUUGGGUUAAUGGGCCUCGGAGAUGAUGAAGAUGAAGGUACAGAAAUUGCCAGAUAUGAGGACUUUUUUGGUUCGAAAAAGGGUACUGGACAGAAGAAAACUGUUAAAUCAUCGGAUCUAUCAGAUGACAUGGGAACCGAUGAUGACAUGAUUGAUGAUAAUGAUGACAAUCAGAAGAAGCAAAGACUUUCUACCCAUGAAAAAGAGCUUGAAAAACUCCGAUCUACAAUUGAGGAUAUGGAGAAAGCAAACUUGGAAGAGAAGUCCUGGACUAUGCAAGGAGAAGUAACUGCUGCAAGAAGGCCAAAGAAUAGUGCAUUGGAAGUUGAUCUGGAUUUUGAACACAAUGUGAGACCUCCCCCUGUAAUCACUGAAGAGGUUACUGCAACACUUGAAGAAAUAAUUCAGAAACGUAUCAUUGAGGGCCGAUUUGAUGAUGUUCAGAAACGUCCUAGCUUGCCAUCCAGAGCACCGCGAGAAACAAAAGAACUGGAUGACAAUAAAAGCAAAAAGGGACUUGGCGAAAUUUAUGAGGAGGAAUAUGUCCAGAAGACUGGCCUUGUGUCAACAGCAAUAUCCUUCUCAGAUGAGCAGAAAAAAGAGGCCACUAUGCUGUUUAAGAAACUGUGCUUGAAGUUGGAUGCUCUGUCUCAUUUCCACUUCACUCCAAAACCGGUGAUAGAAGAUAUGUCUAUACAAGCAAAUGUCCCUGCACUUGCAAUGGAAGAGAUUGCACCUAUGGCGGUCUCUGAUGCUGCUAUGCUGGCUCCUGAGGAAGUAUUUACUGGCAAAGGAGAUGUUAAAGAAGAAACAGAGUUGACACAAGCAGAGAGAAAAAGGAGGAGGGCGAACAAGAAAAGGAAAUUUAAAGCUGAGUCAGCAAAAAGAACAGUAAAGCCGGCACCAGAAAAUACACUAACUAAUGGUGUUGAGGGUAAUGAUAAGUCAUAAUGUGUACCAAAACAGAACCGGAGUGGAGCUCUCAUGCCUCCCUCACUCAAAUAGCGGUAACAUUUUUGGCACUGAAUGGUUUGUGUCGUUUCUCAGCCAGAGUGGCGAGCUGAAUGGUUUCUGUGUCGUUUCUCAGCCAGAGUGGCGAGCUACAUCCACAUACAAGACGAUGAUAAUUACCAUUGUGGCAUCAUUAUUGUGCUACUUUGGCAUUGCAGGAAGUAAAUGUCAUUACCAGGCCAAUUUGGUUGAGAAAAAUGAGUUACUUCACAUGAUAGGAAACUUCACUACGAUGUAAUGUAUUUUUUUGAUAGCAAUUUGGUUGAGAAAAAUGAGUUACUUCACAUGAUAGGAUACUUCUUUAUGUUGUACUGUAUUUUUUUUAAUAGCAAUUCGGUGGUCUUGUGCAUCUA